UUUAUGUUGUAUUCUAAGUAUUGUUGCAUAAAGCUAUUAAGGUAUAAGAUGGUUAACUCUCAAAUCCUAAUUUUGUUCAUCUUAUCAUUGACUAUAACGAUAGUUAUGUGUCAAAUGUUUACGUAUAGUCAUGGCUGGACAAAUGGAAAAAGAUCCACAUCGUUGGAGGAACUUGUGAAUAGGAAUCCAAUUCAAUCGGACAAUGUUUUUGCCAACUGCGAGUUACAGAAAUUGAGAUUAUUGCUUCAAGGAAAUAUCAAUAAUCAACUGUUUCAAAUGCCUUGUGAACUGCUUAACUUUCCAAAAAGAAGCUUCUCCGAAAAUAUGAUCAACGAUCAUAGACAACCUGCUCCUACCGAUAAUAAUUAUUAAUAAUAUCAACAUUGUAAUUUUUAG